AUGCAAGAUGAUAACUGGGUGAUAAAAGAUAAAAUCAAUCAAUACCGAGGUCUUAUUAAACUAUACGAACGAGAUCGCAAGAUACAUGAAGGAGAUUUAGCGAAGCAAAAACGACGUUAUUCACGUGACAUUCGACAACUCCGUAAAGAUAUUGCUAAAAAAAGGCAGGAGCUUGGCGUAGCUGUGUAUGGAGACAAACAAUUUCUAAGAAAUGCCUUUCAGGAACACAAACGAUUACAACUGACAUACAUGAACAGCCAAGCUGACCUUGAAUCAGCAGAGCUACAUGAUCGCCUACUGUAUGAGGUGGGCGGAAAACUGCCAGCUGAAAAAAAGGAACAAGCUGUGGCUAAUUAUGUUCAACGUGCCAAUAUAAAAAAGAAUGCAGCUUUGGCUAUUAAAGUCAUGUAUAAGAAGAUUCUAGAUAUUCUUAAAAAGGAUUCUUCUUACUUCACGGUUGUAUUGGAAGCUUUGAAAUUAGACUGCCGAGCUCAAGGCAAAUGCUUAAUGGGUGCCACAGAAAUGGGACAACUCGCCAUGGAGUAUUUAGAUGACAGAAAAUUUGAAUUUAAUAAAUUGGAGAAGGAGAUCAAAGCAAACAUGAAAGAAAGGGAACGUACGUUGAAGCUUGUACGUCGGGAAGUUGCAUACUUGACGGAUUCCUUUCCAAACCUGAUCCGCAAAGAGGAUUUUUUUGUUUUUUUAAGAUUGAAGGAGCAAAAGUAUCAGUCCGAGCGCCUUAUGAUGCAGUUGGCUCAAAACAGCGUGAAGAGGGACGCGUUGAUUGAAGAUCGUAAACACGCUAUAUUAAUGCUCGAUUCGCUGAAAAAUGUUGGUCAGGAGCGGACUGCACAGUACAUACAAGAGAAAAGGCAGCUUAAAGCGGCGUUGGAGGCGGAACAGCGUGAAGAAAAGAACCUUAUUGAAGCUCUGAACGAGAAGGGAAACCUAAUAAUUCAAAUGAAAACUUCACUGCAGCAAAUCAAUCAGUUGCUGUCUUGCGUAGGAGCACCAAAUGUACCAAGACAAACAACCCCCAUGCCCGCAGCUAUCCAGUAUGCGCUGGAUGAUAUUAUUCAACCUGUCCCCCAAGUAGAGGAAGAUUUGGACAAACUGAUAUUGAACGCUCGCCAAAAGCUGAACGUUUUGAUGCAAGCUGUAUCGAAAAUGGAUGUGACAAAGGAUAUUCGCGAGCAGGCGUAUCUUUUCUACCACAAUAUACUGGCAAGGUCCAUGCGCGAUAACUAUAUAGAGGAAGCAGUUAUGGAAGGAGGGCUAAUCGAGUUUGAAAUCGAGGACCCGAAUGUGCCAAGUCACGCCAUCAUUAAACUGCGCAGCAAGCAAUUGGUGGAGGCACAAGUCAGCGAGUUCGAUGUACCUGAUUAUCCUGCUAAAAAGUAA